UUGCUAGGCGCGGAGCGGACAUCGCCUUCAACUACAUCCGCAGCCACGUCUGCCGCUGCUGAGACACAGAGCGAGAUUGAGUCACUCGGUGUGCGCUGCCUGCGUGUUCGGGCGCACCUCGGAGAUUCCGGCAAGAUUCGCCAACUCUUCACGGAAGUGGACGCCACCUUCGGCAAGCUGGAUGUGCUGGUGAACAAUGCCGCAUCAGGCGUGCAGCGUUCGGCGUCCGAACUUGAAGAGAAGCACUGGGACUGGACGCUGAAUGUGAACGCAAAGGCGCCCUGGCUGUGCUCCAUCGAAGCGUCCAAGCUGAUGCCCAAUGGCGGCAGUAUUGUCAACAUCACCAGCCAAGGCUCGCAGAAAGUGCUGCCGUACUACUUCUCUGUGGGCACAUCGAAGGCUGCGCUCGAGUCUCUGACGCGCUACCUUGCAGUAGAGCUUGCUCCGCAGGGUAUCUCCGUAAACGCCGUAUCAGGCGGCUUUGUGGAGACGGGAGCGCUGGACUACUUUCCAAAUCGCGAGGGCAUGCUGGAAGCCGGGCAUAGCACGCCGGCAGGGCGUAUAGUCACCGCAUCCGACAUUGCGCGCGUGGUGGCGUUCCUAUGCACUGAUGACGCGGCGAUGAUACGCGGGCAGGUCAUUGUAGUGGAUGGCGGCUACACGCUCUUGGCUUAA